AUGUUACUCAGUCCGAUCAUUGUACUGGUCGGAGGCUCAUUUCUAACAUAUCUAUUUCUGUCUUAUCUCCUCCAGUUACAUCGUCACCGUAAACAAGCAAAAGCAUGGCACUGUGAGCCUUGCCCCGGCGGAUCGAGAGGUCUAUUCGGGAUCCCUGCAUUCCUCGCUCUAAACAAAGCCGUCCGCGAAAAGCGCUGGAUCGAUCAUCUGUCCAAUCUAUAUGGAGUCUACGGGUUGACAUUUCACAAUACCAUUUUUGGGCGCCCGAUGGUUAAUACCAUUGAACCGGAGAAUAUUAAGGCUAUUCUAGCGACCCAAUUUCAGGAUUUCUCGCUUGGAACCCGGCAUCGGGAGUUUUAUCCGUUGUUAGGAGAUGGGAUUUUUACUCUUGAUGGUGCUGGGUGGUCGCAUGCUAGAGGGUUAUUGCGACCGCAGUUUACGAGAGAUCAAGUCGCAGAUCUAGCAUUACUAGAUGACCACAUUACUCACCUGAUUAAUCUCAUUCCAAAAGAUAGAACCGCCUUCGAUAUCCAGCGUCUCUUCUUCCUCUUCACACUCGACUCAGCAACACAUUUCCUCUUCGGAGAAUCAGUCGGUUGCAUGCGUCCCGAAUCCGAGACAACAGGCGUUCUCGCAAAAUCUGCAGUUAGGAAUGCACAGGGCUUCGCUGAUGCAUUCACAAUUGGACAGGAUUGUCUUGCCUCUCGCUCUCGUGCACAAGGUCUAUACUGGCUUGUUAACCCGAAGAAAUUCCAAGAAGCAAAUCGCCAGGUUCAUGAGGUCGUUGAUCAUUAUGUGAGGGUUGCUUUACAGAAAAAGAGAGAUCCUAAUCGCAAGGAUUCGAGUCGAUAUAUUUUCCUUGAUGCUUUAGCGGCGGAUACCGACGAUCCAAAACUUCUCCGGGACAAUAUGUUGAAUAUUCUACUUGCUGGUAGAGAUACCACUGCCAGCUUACUAAGCUCAGUUUUCUAUUACCUUGCCCGGAAUGAGCAGGUGUGGAGUAGAUUGCGUCGCGAGAUUGUGGGGAUAUUUGGGGAUAGCAUGGAUCCGCAUACAGAGGUUACACAGACUAAGUUGAAGGAUAUUCCUUAUCUGCGAUAUGUCCUGAAUGAGACGCUCCGUCUUCAACCGCCCGUCCCCAUGAACUUCCGAGUCGCAACAAAGGAUACGACACUUCCUGUUGGAGGUGGAGCCGAUAGAAAAUCACCAGUCUACGUCCGAAAAGGAAGUAUGUGCACGUACAGUGUUUUCGCUAUGCACCGCCGUACAGAUAUCUGGGGUCAAGAUGCACGUUCAUUCCGACCGGAACGAUGGGAAGAGAACGCGAAGCACGGCUGGGAUUAUCUACCAUUUAACGGUGGUCCUCGGAUUUGUCUUGGUCAACAAUAUGCACUCACCGAGGCUAGUUACACGAUUAUCCGACUGAUGCAGCAUUUCGAUACACUGGACAACGCAGAUCAUAAUGGCCGAGAAGAGCCUGUUAAGUUGUCCAAUUUGACUAUGAUGCACGAUGAGGGUGUUGCAGUACGGCUGUACUCCUCGGAGAAGAUAUAA